AUGGAUAUGUAAGAAUAGCAAUUGAAUGUUUAAGUGGCUGUGAGAAUUCGACCCUUAAAUUAAAAAGAGAUUAUUGCUAAAGAAUAAAGUUGUUUGAAAUCUGAUAGGAACAGUAUCAUUUUACCCUAAAAUGGCAAAUCCUUUUCAUUUGAUUAAGUGUUCAAUCAGGACUCUAGUCAAGAUUAAAUAUUCUAAUGUUGUGUUACUAAUCUGAUUUUGCGAUGUUUUGAGGGAUACAAUAGUACUAUAUUGGCAUAUGGUCAAACAGGUUCAGGUAAGACUUACACGAUGGGGACAUCUUCUAUAGAUCAUGAUUGUGGAAUGAUUCCAAGAGUUGUUUACUUUUUAUUUUAAGAAAUAGAGAAAAGAAAGUAGGAAUAGGACAUUAAUAUUACAUGUUCUUAUGUAGAAUUGUAUAAUGAAUAAAUAAUUGAUUUACUUAAUGAAUCAAUAAUUCAAACUAACGUGCAACCUACAAUAAGAGAAGAAAAAGAUCACACAAUAUCCAUUUAGAAUUUGACUACCAUUCCAGUUACUAAUGCACAGUAUAUGAUUGAAAUCUUAAAUCGAGGAGGAGCACAUAGAACAACAUCUGCAACCUUGAUGAAUUUGAAUAGUUCAAGAUCUCAUGCCAUUUUCACUAUUUAUUUUGAAAUAAACAGAGAAUCUGAAGAAGGAUCAUUGAAGGCUAAAUUUCAUUUUGUUGAUUUGGCUGGUAGUGAGAGGUUAAAAAAGACAUAAGCAAUAGGAAAACAAAUGGAAGAAGGAAUAAAUAUAAAUUAGAGCUUGUUAGUAUUGGGAAAUGUGAUUAAAACUUUGAGUGACUAGAAGAAAUCUAGUCAUGUGCCAUACAGAGAAAGCAAAUUAACCAGAAUCCUUUAAGAUUCUUUGGGCGGAAAUUCAAACACUUACAUGAUAGCCUGCAUAUCUCCAGCUGCAAGCAAUUACGAAGAAACAAUAAAUACUUUGAAAUACGCAAGCAGAGCUAGAGAGAUAAAAAAUAAGCCAACUCAAAAUAGAGAUCCUCAUGCAGCUCAGGUUAUGGCAUUGAAAUAAUCCAUCAAUUAUUUGAGUGAUUAAAUUAAGCAAUAUUAGUAAUUACUGGUAGAAAACAAUAUAAAUACCGACAGUGUAAAAAUUAAUCAAAUUGCAAUUACUGAUCUAAUUUAUUAAAACCAAUAGUAAUCUUGUACUUACCACACUGAUUAAAUUAAUAAACUAAAGUCAUAGAACUUAUCACUGGAUCAGAAGUUAUCAUAAAUUUAAAAAGAUUUUUUAUUGCUUUAGAAAGAUUAUAGUGAGAGUGAAAUUGAAUGUUUUAAGGCUAAGAAAUAGAGAGAUUAGGUCUUGAAAUGGUUUUAGGAUGCUCGAAAAUUGCUCAUAUAGAACAAUAUAACGUCAAAUUUUGUUGAAGAUACAAAUUUGGAUAGUUAUUAUAAUGAAAUUUUCAAUUUGAAAAAAAUAGUGUAGGAGUAGGAAUAGAAAAUACAGUAGCUACAAUAAAGGAAUGAUACUUUAAUAAAGGAGGCACAUAGGGAUUAAAAGUUACUACUUUUACAGUAUCACAAAUAAAACAAGUUAUUAAAUUUAGGAGAAACUAAUGAUGAAUAUGAGAUGGAUGAGACUGAGUUUUUGGAGAAUGAUCAAAAGAUUGAGGAACAAGAAAAUCAUCUGAUAGAGAUGGAUAAACAAUAGACUGAAAUUAAGUUAUAAUUAUAAAAUGAAAUCAAAUAGGAUUAUCAUAAAUAAAUAGCUAAUUUGGAGUUAGAAAAAUUUAAUUUGCAAAGAUAAAUAAUCACUAAAUAGGAUUCAGCUUAAAUUAACGUUUUAAAACAGAAAAUUUAAGAGUAUGAAACCAAAAUUUAAGAGAUGAAACAAAAGGAGACAAUGUCUAAACAAUUAAAUAAAAAAUUAGAGGAACAAGAAUCCUAAGUGACUCAUUUGAAAAAUAACAUUGAAUCUAUGAAAAAAUAAAAGGUAGAUUUAUUAAAGAAAAUGAAAUAAGAAAACUAAAAAUAUAUGAAAGAAAAAGAUGAAUAGCAGAAAGAGUUAAUUAAAACGAAAAAGCUUAAGAUAUAAUAAGAUACCAUUCUUUGUAAAUUAAGAAAUGAGAAUACAAAAAAAGAUAUUUAAUUAAAAAGAAAGGAUGAUGAACUAUUAAAAUAAAAGAACGAGAAACUUGUCAUUAAAUAGCAUAAUAGGUAUAAUCCAAAUUAAUCAGCAGUACAAUAUGAUACUUUUGAAAAGUAAAUUGACGAUUUAUUUAAUGAACUCAUUAUGGGUUAGUAAGCCGAGGAGUAAAUUACUUAAGAGUAUAAAAAAUUGGAAGAAAUUUAGGAAGAAUUACAAAUAAUUCAAAAUAAAAUAUGUGCCAUUUAAAUCAAGAUUGAUUAAUUAGAAUUUGACAUUGCAUAAAGCAAAAACUAAUUAAACUAGGAGACAUAAAAAUAAUUAGAGAUUGAGUUGGGUGAUUUCUAAGAAAAAAGAGAGAAUAUCAAGGAAACAAUAGAAUUUUAAGUUUAAAAAAUUAAUGAAUUUAGAGCAGUAACUUAAAAAUCUAAUGAAUAUUACACGACGAUGAUGACUAAUCAAUAUUUUAAGGAUCUACCUAAUUGGUGCAUAAGAUCUUUUAGAUAUGUAAUUGAUAAUUGGGUUAAAGAUCAUAUUUUGAUGAGUGACUAUGCAUAACAGAUUGAAGAUUUGAGUUAAGCAAAUUAACUUUUAAUGAGCUCACGACCGAGUCAAAUGAGGAAGUCAAUAAGAUCAAGUACUCCUAAUGAUGAUUUGAAAAGACAAUUAAAUGAAUACAAAAGAAAACUAUAAGCUUCUUAGAAUACUUUUAGGACAACUAGUUUGGAAUUAGAUUAUUAUAAAAACUUUUACAAUGAAUAGAUAAAUAAAUAAUAAAAAGAUAAGUCAAUAGGAUUAAAAGCUUAGUUGUAACAUUCGAAUUCAAAUUAUAUUGCACGUAACUAUUACCCAAAAGAUGUUAAGAAUGAGUAAGAACCUUAGACUUUGUCUCGUAAUAAAUCAAUAGGUCCAAUUAGUUCAAGUGCAAGAGUAAGGAGUUCAUGUUCAAUGGCUGAUUAUAUAAAUUGUUCUUAAGAAUUUGGAGGUUAUGAAUUAAUAAAGACUUUUUAUGGACAUGAUCAACCAAUUUUAUCCCUGUGCCAUAAAGAGAACCUUCUAUUCUCUGGGUAGUAUAAAUAAGUUAAGGUUUGGGAUAUUGAGACAUCACAAUCGUUAAGUACAAUAGAGCAAAGUAGUCAUUGUAGAGCAAUCCAUUAUUGGGCUGAGAGAGAUUCAAUAGCAAUAUCUCAUGGCUCAUAAAUCACUUUGUAUGAUCCUCAAACCUUUACUUCACAAGGAUUGUUAAAGUCAACAAUUGAGGAAGUGAAAGCAAUGACAACAAUAAAUGGAUUAUUUGUAGCAGUAGGUAAAUCUACGAAUUCCAGUGCUUUGAAUAUUUGGGAUCAUAGGCAGAACAAUAUUUUAUAUGAGUUUGAAAAAGGAUCAGAUAUUCUGAGUGCAUAUGGGUCUAAUGAGAAUAGAGAAUUGAUUUAUGGAACAUUAAAACAUUACACAAAGAGAAUUCCUUUUAGUAAGAACAAAUACGGAUAGAUUCAACAAUUGUCACCUCCUUAGUUAGAUAAAGUGACUGGAGUGGCAUCCUUUAGUAAUUUUAUUGUUAGUUGUUCUUUAAGUAAGAGAAUGUUGCUAUGGAAUUAAUAAACAGGUUUAGAGAUGUAGACAAAUGAUAGUAUUCAUAAGGAUUUGAUAAUGACAUUAGCAGUUGAUAAAUCAUUGAAGUUGAUAUACACAGGGUCAAAGGAUGGGUAAAUAAAGGCAAUUAAAAUAAAUGAGGAGGGCAAAUUUCAACUUGUGAAUGAGAUGAAUGCUUCCACACAACCAGUGAAUGUUGUGAAUGUGAUCUAAUCAAAUAAUUAUGUUGUAAGUGGUGGAUAAGAUAAAUUAAUCAAAAUAUGGAAACCAUCUAAAUAAUUAUUACAGUAACAAAAUCUUAUAGGGGAAUUUACUAUAGAUGACAAAGUGUGA